CGCUACACCAGGCGCAUCCUAGACAUCGCGUUCUCUCGAUAUACUGUUGCGGGGCACCAGACACUACCUAAGCUUCCACAUAUACCUCUUUCCUACACCUUUCCCUACACUAUCGUCACCCCCAGACAAUAAAUCGCCACAAUGAAGCUCGUUUACAUUGGCGUUUUCAAGAAUGACACCAAAGAUGCCAUCGAGCUGACGGGCGCGGAAAACCUCAAAUCGAUCAAUCGAUGGGUACAGAAGGGCGUCAAAGAAGGCAUUGUCUUUGCUUCGGCCGUGGUUGCUAAAAGAACACCCCCACAUAAGAUGACGGAUGUCUUGGAAAAUGGACACAAGUUUCAUGCCCUGGCUUCCGCUGACCCCAUAUGCGCUGUCGUCGUGACCGACGAUGAAUACCCCAGCAGUGCCGCACAUCGCAUUGUUCGCAAGGUACUCGACGAGUUCUCCGCUAAAUACCCUCGCUCUGCCUAUAGCGGCUUCACAGCCGACGCCGCCAAGUUGUCGUAUCCCGAGCUCAAAGAAUAUGUCGAGAAGUACCAGGACCCGGAGACUGUCGACGCCACAAUCAAGAUCCAGCGGGAGCUUGACGAAACAAAGGUUGUACUACACAAGACUCUUGAGAGCGUCUUGGAGCGUGGAGAGAAGCUAGAUGAUUUGGUCCAGAAGAGCGAGGGGUUGAGUGCGCAGAGCAAGAUGUUUUACACCCAGGCCAAGAAACAAAACUCGUGCUGCACGGUCAUGUGAAAGUUGCUUAGCUUUGAUGAAUCUUCCGUUUGUUUGGGCGUUG